CAGCUCUGCACUUCUCCUAAGAGCUUCUUCUCCUUUAUUAAAUCCUCUAGCCAAAUUAAUCGAUCGAGUACUAAUCUUUAAUGGCCUCCUGGACUGCAAGGCAAAACAAGAAGUUCGAAGAGGCUUUGGCUUUAUACGACAGGGACACUCCUGACCGCUGGCAUAACAUUGCCAGGUGUGUAGGUGGAAAAUCAGCAGAGGAAGUAAGGAGGCACUAUGAGCUACUUGUGAAGGAUAUCGUGCAAAUUGAAAAUGGCCAAGUACCUUUACCCAAUUACAAAGCCACUGAAAGCAGAGGUUAUGCCAAUGAACAUAGGCGUCUGAAGAACCUGAAGCUACAGUGAGGAUAGACUUGCAGCCAGGCUGAAUAACAUCACAAAGUUCUUCAUUAAAUGCAAAAGCAAAUGUUGUGAAUCAAUGUAUAAGUUUUAGGGUAGACAUGAUUUGUCUUGCA